AGACGCCGCUUUUCAAACGAACGAAGGAUCCAAGCCUUUUCGAGAAACUACAAGAUGAAAGCAUCAGCCUCGCACCAAUCGGCAAACUCGAGCAGCGCGUCGGCGAUGAGCGCAAAUAAAGCUGCGAAGGCACGUGCCAAAGAAGGUCUGCUGAAGCAGCUCGUUGCGGACUCCAUGGAUUUGUGCCAGCCAGGUAAGACACAGCUUUUGCAACGUUGUGAUGCCGUCAUUUCAAAAUCUUGCCUUACUUACGAUCAAAGCUUCCGAAGAGUGUCAUGAUGAGAACCAGAGAUAAAGGAAUUCCUCGUUUCGCUAGGGACAAUUUUGAUUGACCCGAUGGCGGUACACUCUCUUUGUCUGGACCUCUGAAGUACUAUAUGAAGCUACCUCUGUAUGUGGAGUACUGUACAAAUCUGAAGAUCAAGAUCCAGGUCGUUCCUCACCAGAUCCUAGAGUUAAUCAACAGCUUGAAAAGUGCAAGAUCACGAUGCUUUUUCAAGCAAACCGACGCGCAUCACAUAACAAUCAUCCCUCAACAUUCAAGGUCGCGUGACUUCGAAAAACGCCUUUGCAUUGUCUCUCCUCGAGCGGCUCUCUGAGGCGCUGCGUGCGUCGAACUACCUCAAGGGCGACUCGUUCGAGCUGCAUGAGGGGGCUUACCUGCUGGAGGCGGCGACUAAGCUCUACGGGCAUCGUGUGGAUAGCGUGUCGUCGCUAGUCGUCCGCGUGAUGCACGCUAUGGUCGACAUCCAGGUCGCGAGCGAGGAAGAGGAGCUGUUGCGGCGAAGUAAUCGUUUACUGAUUUUGAAUGAUAAAAGCUCCUUCCAUACAUCCGAUGUAGUACCUGUUCCAAUUGUUGUAUUUGAUCCUGUGGUCUCAAAUGAUGCACAAACAUUUUAACCCUCUUGCCGACAUGUGCACGCCUCUGUGCGGCCAUGGGUGCGGAGAAACAAAAUCACCAUCUUUCGACUGAUGAUGCACUGGUGUAUUUUUAGAGAGCACGUCUACGAGAUAUUCAAAUUUGGUCGCUCUUUGCAUAUGCUUUUCUUGUAAGAGAAGUGAAGCGCAUGAACAAUGAUGUCAACUACAUUAUCAUGUUGGAUCGACUCUGUUCACCAUAACUGCAGAUGGAGACCACCAGGAGGGCGGGGUGGCGCGACCCGGGGACGUGAUUGAUCGCACGGGGGGAACGCUGAUGACUCUCGACGAGUUGGAGAAGCAGUCCAAGGGCGAGCGAGUGGAAUUUCUGCGCGAUUUUUUGGACAAUCAGGUGUACGAAAAGCACCUCCUGUUGAACGUGAAACCGGAUUGUGAGGGCAAAUUGUUGCUCCAGGGGGAAGACCCAGUACUCCAAGAAACUAAAUAAACGCCCCUGAACGAAAUAACCUAUGGCCAGCAAAGCUUAGACGUUUUAUGCCGUGCGUGUCGCUCCAUGCGGAUGAGCAUGAGUGGCGUGGCGCCGGCCAGGUGGCAGCGGUGAAAAUCCUUCCAGGCGACCGUCUUGGGCGAUUGGGCCUGGAAUUCGAAAAAGUCCGGGCGCCGUCUGGCGCCCGAAGAUUUUUUUUUUCUCCAAGCGGGCGGGCGCGUCGUCAGGCGCUGGCAAGGGCAUGCCACUUACGCAACGGACCAGCGCAGGCCAGGCGCUGGCCCACGCCAAGACCCUGGGAGCGUGUGCCGGCCUCUCGGAUCAGCUCACGCGCUGCGUGCUUCCGGCGUGCCUUUUUUUUUCUUUCUUGCCCACGGGGGCCUGGUGGGCAACUCGCGGGGGAGACCGUGCAGAAGCGGACCUGCUGCGCUUCACCCAUGCGUUGCCUGCUUGUUUCCGCGGCGCGCGGGCGUUUGAGCCGGGUUUGGUAUCCUGGCGGGCACAAGGGGGGGCCUGCCCGUCUUCGUGCCGUGCCUCGUUUUCGGCCCGGGCCCGAGACAGCUGCGUGCGGCGCAGCUGUGGCUACAGCUUUUCGAAGCCUCGCGAGCCAUCUUUGCGAAGUGGCAGCCCGCGUCUUUUCGAGUGUUCCUCCAGCGCCAGAAACCGCAAAAGCCCGGCGCGGGCCCAGUUGAAAAGCUGGGCACCGCAUCAGCCGCCGCACCUCCGCGCGGCCCUCGGCGUAGGGAGAGCCGUUUAGCUUGGUCGGCGUCGGGCCGACGGGGGCGCAGCGCUAGCUUAAGUAGUUAGGGUUGUGCAGUGGCCUGGCGCGAUAUGCCAAACAGUCACCACCUGGGAGAAGAGUCAACACACGACAGAUGACCGCCUGAUAGCUCUAGCACUUGGAAAGUUGGAAUGCGGAAGUGCCCUGCUGCCCAUAGCGAAACCAGUUUUAUUUUGUUUGGGGGCGUUUAUUGUGUUAUAUCGAGUAGCUCCGCAUGAUGAUGCGUCGAGUAGUAAAGAGGGCAAAUUGUUGCUCCAGGGGGAAGACCCGGUAGCUCCGCAACAUGAUGCGUCGAGUAGUAAUAUUCAACAAAAAAACAUUAGCGUUAGCGUUUUGACAAUUGCUGGCGAAAGCCAAAUUUUUUCUAAUUCUAGCUAGUGAGGUAGCUGCGUUCCGUUCAGAUAGAUUCGCGCUAACUGGAAGCAGUGGAAGCAGUCUCUUCGGCCGCGGAGCGGAUCGGAGAUGAUACCGCCAAAGAUGUGGGCGACGGCUCGGCCGCGCAUAUGUCUGGGGCUUCAGGGACUUCCGGCUACGCGACCUCCUGACCAUGCGGGGGGCUGGCAAGCCGUCGCUCUUGGAGUGCCUGAAGACCCGUUUUUGGCUUGCGGCCUUUGAGCCCGAGCAAGAUGAUCAAGCUUCCCAAAGUCUGGCAUUAGCGUUUCUGUCCUCGGAGGUCAUUUUGACCCCCUGAGCAGAGGCGAAUUUGCAUGGUCGCAUAAAAAAACGCUAAUAAACUCAUGAUAGCGUCGGGGGAGCGUCUCUCUUCUCAGGUUCACAAAAAACGCUAAUAAACUCAUGAUAGCGUCGGGGGAGCGUCUCUCUUCUCAGGUUCACAAAAAACGCUAAUAAACUCAUGAUAGCGUCGGGGAGCCUCUCACGAAAGAAAAGACGCACUUUUGUAAGUUCACAACUUCCCCACGCUAUCAUGAGUUUAUUAGCGUUUUUUGAGCCUUGGCAUAAGUUUACAUUCUCCGCGCGCUAUCAUGAGUUUAUUAGCGUUUUUUUUUUGCGACCGUGCAAAAGUGCAGGACUUCGGCAAGAAAUCUUUGGGUAUUUUGCUGGUCCUCCCGAAAACGCUAAUGGACGCCGGGUCGGAGCUCAAGCCUGCAUUACAAUCUGCCGAAUUCCCCGUCAAAUAAGGCAAAAGGCCGGCGACCUUGGUCGCGAUUCUUUCGUGUGCCGAGAAGGGCGCGUCAGUCAGGCGUUGCGGAGCAUGGAGCUCCAGGGCCUGGCUGUCCCAUACGGGGCAGGCAAGGACUGCCCCGUCAAGCUGCUGUGGCGAGUGGGGCGCUUGUUUGAUUGAUAUUGGCUAGCAAUCUUUCGUCUGAACGGAAAGUAGCCGACUUGGCAUGCAAAAUCAAAAAAAAAAUCGUUUGUUCGAACAAAUCUCAAAACGCUAACGCUAAUACUUUUUUGUUGGAUAAGUAAAGCGUAUUGUGAGGGCAAAUUGUUGCUCCAGGGGGAAGACCCAGUAGCUCCUCCGCAACAUGAUGCGUCGAGUAGUAAAGCGGGAAAUGAUCAGGUGACCACUACACCCGGUAGUAGUUCUACACUGCGUUCUGGCGAAAUCAGCUCCGGAGGUGGUCGGUCGGCAGCAGAGCCCAGCUCGCGCCCUCUUCUUCCCGUCGUCGUGCCUUUCUUUCAGCAGAGCAUGAGCCGGGAUACUACCAAUGUAUUCGGGCGCCAUGCUGCGGGGCCGCAGCAGGGGACUAAAAAUAAACGCACACUGGACAUUCUCCCGGCGGCGAUGCAAUACCGACAGAAGGUGGCGCAACAAGUAUUACUGUCCGGCGGUUCCAAGAACUACAACUACGGAGCGAAUAAACUUGUUUCCCCCCUGGCGGAGUUGGCGUUGAAGUACGACGACGCUGAUGAUGAAGCCGUUUCACCUUCUACGGCCAACACAUGCGGAGUCAACACCACGGAAGCGCGCAUUCGCGCCCUCGCGGAAAAACUCUUCGGCCACAAGAGUAGCUCUGGUGCGUCGAUAAUGCACUCUGGUGCGGCCGCGACGUCCUCCUCCCGCGGUGCCAGGAACAUCGCCGCAAACCUGGACGACGACCGGAAAGAGGGUUUUGUGGAAGCUCCCGGCUUCGUGAACCUCCGUCGCGCGAUGGAGGCCCGUGUGACAGCGAAGGGUGCUGGUGUCGCGAACUUCAAGACCGUGGAGCUCCAGCAGCCACAACAGGAAGCGGAUCAAGUAGAACCUCCGCCGAAGUACGUCUACUUCGGAGAGACGGCGCCGCGGUUCGGAGAGACGCCGCCCCGCCCGACGAAGACGUUUUACGGGCCGACGGGGGUAUUUCGAAAGACGUUCGACGAGGCGGAAGUGCUCACGGAGCACCGCACGAAGCGGAAGAUGUUCUUUUCGGACGCAGAUAUGGACCAGUACGAAGCGAGGUGGAAGCUUGAGGUUUCGAGUUCUGCGAGUCGCGGACAAAAUCAUCAUCAUCAUCUAGGUGGAGUCAGAUCCGCUGCAGCGACGCUCUUUGAUGACGGAAGCAAAAAAGGUGUAGGAGCGCCGUCUUUCUUUAUCGAGGACGACAUGAUCAACAACAAUUCGCCGCUGUUUUCGGACGACUUUAGUAGAAUCGGGGCGACACCGCCAGAAGCAGAAGAAGGCAGCUUUAUUGCUGAAGAAGGCCGCAAUGGCGCAGCACUGGCUGACAACAUAAGUCUGACCUUGACGGGCGCCCUUCCGGGGGGAAUGGAGGGGAGUAGUUUGUUCGCAGACAAGAACUUUGGUAGCGGUGCGGAUGGUUCGGCCAGCUUGGCGGGCGACGUGGUGAUGAUGGACGUGGAUGUGGUGUCAAGUGGUGCAGCGUCUUUGGGUCGUGCAGCAGGAGAUGGCAACAACUACAUCCAGGUCGGCGUAAGCGAGGAGUCCAAAAUACAGCUUCCAUGCAGUAGUAGUCCUACUCCAGCUAGCAGCAAGUCAAAGGGCACCGCGUCUGCUGUGUUUCAGGAUUACGGUCUAGGUGCUACCCCGUUUGAUGCGGAUUUCGAAGGCAGUGAAGCCGCCGCUUCUUCAAUGUUGUUUCCAACAACCACCGCUGCUGCGCGGGUCUUGCAAACUCCUUCCGUCUUUGACCACACGGCGGGGACGAACAAUUUGCUCCACGAAAAUAUUUUUACCGGUGCUACGCCUAGCGAAAAUUAUACCGGCGCAGCUGCAGUUUUUGAUCCCGAAACAGCUGCGCAGCUCUCGUGCGUCCCACACGGCAAGUACGCUUUGGACUCCACUCGCGCGCCCUUUUCUGCGGAAGCGGACGAUGUUGACGCGGAGAAUUAUGAUGUCGACAUGGCACCAUUUCCUGCAGGAGGAGUCGACGAAAGCGAUCCGUUUGACUUGCACCCGGUUUUGGACCUCGGCAAGAACAAUCGUGAAGAAGUACAAGUAGAACUACCUCUGGACCACGAGCAGAAAAAUCUUCGCACAACGCACGGCUUGUCCCUCGGUGGCCCGGCGACACCCGCAACGAAAAUCGAGAUUUCGCCGCUGGAGACGCGGCGGCUGGAGGAGGAACUGCUGGAACAGUCGCCGUCCCCGCAGUCGAAGCGUCAGCGGCAGGAGGGUGGAGGUGCAGUAGUGGUCGAGCGCACUGAGCAGACGUUCUCACAGCAGAUGGAGGAGCUCGAGGAGAAGAGUAGUAAGCACUUGACGGCCGCAAAUCCAAAUGUAAAUCAAGCGUCGGAAGAACAGCUCGCACUGGUGGAUGCAGCAGGCGCAGCGGACGAGUUGUCCAAUCGCUUGUCGUCGUGUACUUUUAACGUGGUGAGCCAAGAAGUCCUCGCGUCAUCAAAUGGGCAAGUGACAGAAACCGCGGUCGUGACAAAAAUAACCGAAGACAAUAGCCACACCACGUCCGCACAGCUGGUUACCGCUCCCUCGGGCAGCAGCAGCAGCAGCAGCUCGGAGGACGAGGUGCGCAAAGUCGACCGCGGAAAUAAAAAACUCGAUCAACUGCAAGAACGUGACGUCGCGCCGCGUUCCGAGGAUUUGUUCCAAGACGAGUUUCUCUUCGGGGACGACGUGGGUGAUGAUGACGUGCAGAAUUUCGAGGCCGUGGCGGAUGAUAAUGAACCCGGUCGUUCCUCGCAGCAGCUCCCGUUCUUGCAGAGCAACAUUCAGGCCGAUGCUGCCACCGGACAGCUGGUGGAGCUCGUGUCGACCCCCGUGGCGGAUAGUACAACUUCCGCGAAGAAGGUGAAGCCGCUGAAGAUGAAGAUGCGAAAAAUGGCCGCGAAGAGGAACAAGGCCGGUAAGAAGCAGAGUGUGAAACUGCUGGACGAUGACGACGACGAAGAGUAUGCGGACGGCGCCGAGGACCUUGGUCAAAACAAAUCCGCGGCUGGUAAUAUUAAGCAGGACCAGGUGGCGGUGACCCAGGAGCUGCUAACGGGCGUGUACACAUCCUUGCUGGACACGCUGCUGCCAAACGAGUCGUCCCCGGAAAAUUCCCCCACCGAGGACGGUGAUAAGAAAGAAAAAAAGGCCGGCGGCGGACGAGAUGUUGAAUCCGUGGUAGGCGACAGUGCCGAUCCGUUCGCCACUUUCGACGAUAACUUCCUCGAAGAUAUCAACGGCCCAGCGGGUGCUGGCGAAGACGAUUUUCUCCAAGAGGACCAUGAUUUAAUGGACGAUUGUUCUCAUCUACUUCCGGAGCAGGGUGCACCGGAGGGUGAUGAAGAUGAUGUGCAUCAUCUCGAUGUCGAUGGUCUGCUCGGGGAGGAGGCUUUUUUGAAGAAGAUGAAUCAGGACGACGACAUGAAGAAGUACAACAACAACAGUCGGUUGAAAGAACAAACAACUCCGGCCCCACGACCAGGAAUUCACGACGAUGUCGAGGACUAUGUGCACUUCAAUAAUGCGGCCGAAUUGGAGGAGGAGGAGGAGGAGGAUCUGCUGGAAGAUGCGGGGAAUGCCUUCGAGGAAAACGCGUUUACCAAUGAGCAGGUGCGCGACCUCGUCGCCAAAGCAAUGGAUGACUUGUUUGCGGAGAAGCGGUAUCCACUGCAAAUUAUAUCGAUCUGGGUCUGGAAAAGGAAAUUUGUGAUGCUAGAACCAUGUGCAUAGAAAUAAAAACACUUCCACCUUAUGCAGGACAGCAUGACAAGUUUGCACUACGCUAACUCUUUCGCACACCACAUGAGAAGCUGCGUUGUUGCAUGACGAGAGAGGCUGCGACUUUUGUUGGAGGUCAUGCAAAAGUACUUACAGUUUUCACAGGGAAAAUGUAAGAACGGCAAUACAGUUUCCAACUUUCCAGUCUGAAAUAACAUAUUUGCAAUGCAUAAGCGGGCUCUGGAGGCCAGCGAGGACGAGGCCAGCGAGGACGCGGAAGUGUUUAUCAAAAGGAAACAUCUCCCCCCCCAUAUCGAAAACGUAUGUUUCCAAAAAUUUGCGUUGCUGAUUUGAUACCACAAAUCACGUCUGUCUUGCAAGAAGGCAACUCCACAAGCUCCGCAGCAUUGUGCAGGCGGUUUGUCAUGCUGAUGGGCCUACAGCGUGGACGUUUCUCAUGCUAGACGCCUAGGCCAAAACCUCUCGCCUUAGGCUUAGUAUGGGCCUGCAUCCCUCUCCAGCAAGACAGCCCUGAUAUGUGUACGCAAGUCCUGCGUCAGAAACUUCGUUUUGAUAUGGGGAGGGGGGUCUUUCCUUUUCAUAGUGUUGCCCCGGAUUUCCUUCCAGGACGUCCGCCAGGUAUAGUAAAGUCGUAA